AUGCCUACAUCGCCUGCGUUUCCGCUCCAGAAGUACCAGCUCAUAUCGUCCAUCAAGCUACAACAAGCUGCAAAGGAGCAGGCGAUGGCGGGGGACGUCGCCGCGAAGGAGCAAGUAGCGGCCGCCAAGGCCGAACGUGACCGCGCUGCCUACGGCGGAGGGGCGGUCUCUCUGCUCGCGGGGGGAGGGGAGUCGCCGCAGGCGGCGGCUCCGCCACCGGCUCCGCCCCUCGCAGAGCUCCUGCCACAGGACGGGGCUCUGCUGGGGGGGGGCGUGGUCUUGGUUCCACCGCGGGUGGGCGAGGCACGUCCUCGGGCGCGGGAGGCGCGGUCGGACGUAGGCAUGUCUCCGCUAGGGGUGGACGCCCCAGAAUGGGGGCUGGGGCUUGGUGGGACAGACGACGUGGAGGAGCUAGUGGAAGAUCCCGAGGACCCCCGUGGCGAGGACGAGGACUUUGGUGGCGGCGGGCAGGGGGACUACGAUGAUGGCGACGAGUCUUCUGCCUCAGGGUUAAGGCAUGGGGAUGAAGGCAGCGACGGACAAGGCCAGUUCGAGCUCGACGACGAGGAGGCGACGGAGCUCUCCGCGGGCAAGGCGGGUCGGAAGGUGCGCUCCGGGAGGGGGGGAGGCGUGCGAAAGCAGAAGUUUCGCGGAACCCCAGGUGGCGUCUCGGGUGGUAGCUCGGAGAUAAUGGACUUGAUGAAGAUGGCUGUGACCAAGUUGGUGGACAGACCGAACCCUCAGCAGCAACCGCCCGCGCCCGCCGAACUCGAUGCGCUUAGGGCACAGGUUGCGCACAACACUCAGCUCGCGCAACGCAGUCACGACAUGGCCGAGCAGAGUCUGCAGCAGUCCCAGCAAGGGUUGGGGUUGUUGCAAAGUAUUGCGGCCAAAAUCGGCGUGGGACAGCCAGGAGGACAUUCAAUGGGGGCGGCGACAGCUCCUUGGGCGCCGCCGCCGACUACUCCGGUGGCACCUCAAGCUACCGCUGCCGCGGCGACCUCAUCACCGCGGCCGCCGCCGCCAGCUCCGGCGCCAGCUGCCGCCGCAGCGGCGUCCCCGGCGGGUGCCCCACCUGCGGUGGGAAUACCCCCUCCCGCUGUUCUCCCAGGUUUUUCGCGAGAACAGGGGGCUAGGCAGCAGACUCCAGUAGCGCGGGUGGGUGCGGGCGGGUUUAGGGGGGCGCCUUCGGGAGGCCGGGUGACUGGGGGGCGUGGAACGGGAGGCGGUCGAGCCCCGGAUGCUGGCGGCAAUGAGAAGCGUCCUGUCGGGGUUAGGCGGGGGGGCUUAUUCCGGAGGCCAGAGCGUGGGGGGCGGAGAGCUGGGACAGGGAUUAAGAGCGGCAGUUCGAAUUUCGUGCAGCCGGCUUGGAGACCAGUCUAGAGCUAGGUGGUUCAUCUGCCUCCCCUCAAAGGUACUCUGGCGUCAUCUUUGUCCUUCGUGUCUUGUGUUUUGUCUUUUGUCCGUCUGCCAGUGUGGUGUAUUGAAGCGCUUUCGGAGAGUGUGUACGAUGGAGGAGGUGCCUGCGUGCACUAUAUCGGGUCGCCGGUUGGACCUUGCGUGUCUUCGUUUUCUGGGAUUGCCAGACGUCGUCUCACCCCCCCCCCCCUGCGGCUUGGGCCCAACGGCGUGCGUUUCGCGUUUCGCGUUUCGCUGCCAUGUUUGUUUCUCUCUUGAAUAUCCCCUCUAUGUGCGCUACCCUGCAGUUAUUUUCCGCUCGUCGACGUUCGCUUGCUGUCGUCUUUGUAGUCUAGUGCGAACGGAUUUUGACUACAAAGGACGCCUCUUGCGCGCUCCAGCCUUAUCGCCCCACCUGUUGCUUAGUUGGACGUGGGCGUUCCCACACCUGCGUCCUCGACAUUCCUGUUCCCUAAUGCGUGUUUUCUUCGUGUGUUAAGGGGAGAGUCUCCUGGAGACCCUGAAUCUCCCGCCCCACCCCCCAGCCCACCCCCAACAUACACAUACCGGCUGUUGCCCCUGCGGCGUGGUUGCCGGAUUUUUUUUUUGGUGUUGUUGUGCCUCGGGGGGAGCGGCUAUAACGUCAUCCUGCCUUCAUCCAUGGCUCACGGCUGACUCUGUUACAAGGUUGGAACGGACUGGCUUCGCCCCCGCCCACCCCCCACUUCUUGCAGUUAUAUUUCUAUUUUUUUCCCCUUUGUAAUGUUUGCGUUUGUCUUCUUGUCUUUCUUUGUCCUUUCUUCUACGAUGUUUCUGUAUUUUAGCUCGCUGCCUUAUGCCGGUGGCGGAUGUACCAUCAGACAUCUGCGCUCUUUGCUUCAUGCCGGCAAUAGCUUCCCCAGUGAAGAGGUCACUACCGACAUGAAACAAACAUCACACAUGUCUACCGCUACUCCGUCACUGCAUGGUACCGUGGGUUGCUUGCGUCCUGUAUUGUUUCUUUCGUUUUCGCCUUGGUGUUUCUGCACUUCUUAGCCAUUGCUGUCUUCCGAUUGUGGAGUAGCGGUAGACAUUUGUAAUCUUCGCUUCAUGCCGGCUAUGGUUGCUCCGAUGAGACGCUACUACCGACGCGAAACAAACGUCACGUAUGUCUACCGCUACUCCGGCCCUGCCAAUUGAGGGCCGCAAGAACAACCCGCCGCCUCGUGGUGGACGUAGGGCAUGCAAAUUUUCGUUCGUGGCUGCCUCGGUUUGAGUCUGUCCCUUGCUUGUUGUUGCUAGACGGGAUUCGGGUUGUGGUGCAUCACUGGUAGCCAGUCGGGUGUCAUGUUUCUUGACAUGCAGUGUUCAAACACAGGGUUCACGAUAGGUUUAUCGUCACGUGCAUCUCGAGAGUGGCCAAGCGAAAGUAUUCAGGACUACGUCUUCAGGCGUGAUGCCGUGGUUGAGCUGCUGUAGACGGGCAGUGAGUUUCAGCGCACCGCGUUGGGUGAUGAAGCACAUUUGAAUGAAGUUCAAUACUCCCGUUAUUCACGUGGUACAGCUAACCGAGCCUGUGGACGAACGCAGCCCUCUUGAAGACGUGAUCACCCUUCUCAAGUAUGACCUCCGCAUCAGCUUUCAGCUUCUCUGCAAACAUAUCAGCGAGCAUGCCAUUCGUUACUACUAGAGUCUCAGCGGCACCUUCUGCCAGCGCCCCCGACCAUCACCCCAUGCCACUGACACUUACAGCCUAUCAACCCACACUCUACCCUUCGCCGUUCAGGUAGCUGCGAAGCGACGGGGGUUUUACACCGAGUAGAA